AUGGCCAGAAAGAACAAAGAGAGUCAAGAUAAGAGGAAGGAAAAUAAGCCCAUAACUAAUGAUGGUCGAUUUUCCUCCGUUCAUUUUGAUCCAAGGUUUAAAUUACCCAAUUUGAAAAAUUUUAAAGUAAAAGUUGACGAACGUUUUAGCAAAGAAGAAUUGAAAAAGUUGAAUAAUGGAUCGCUGGGAAAAGAAACAAAGAUAGAUAGAUAUGGAAGAAAGAUUAAAAAUCGUCACAGUGAUAAAGACUUUGAUCGUUAUUAUCAGCAAGAGGAGAAUGCUCCAAAAGUAUCAAUAGGAAGCGAUGAUGAAAGUAGCCUGAAUAGUGAAAGUAACAAUGAAAGUGACGAUGAUACUGAUGCUAAUGCAGUAGAAACUUCUGCGGUAGUAGACAGGGCUAGAGGAGAAGGUCUUGAAUCGUCCUCAGAAAGUGAUAUAUCAUCUCCUUCUGAUUCUGAUUCUGAUGAGGAAUCAGAAGAGGAGGAAGAAGAAUCAGAAAUUGAGCUUGAAGAUGAAAAGCCAGAGGAGGGAGAUCCCUCUAGCUCUUUUGCUGUUGUAAACAUGGAUUGGGAUAAUCUUCGUGCCGUUGAUCUUAUGGCAACAUUUAUCUCCUUUGUUCCUGUUGGCGGGUCUAUAGCCUCUAUCAAGAUUUAUCCAUCAGAAUAUGGGCUUCAGCAAUUAGCCAAGGAAGAGGUUGAGGGGCCACCAAGAGAGCUAUUUAAGAGUAAGAAACAGAAAAAGCAUGAAAGUGAGUCAGAAGAUUCAGAUUCCGACUCUGAUUCUAAUUUGGAUUUACAGAAUAAAGAUGAUUUAGCUAGAGCCACUCGAAAGUUAUACGAAGAAGAAGAUGGAGGAACAGAUUACGACAGCAAAGCUUUGCGUAGAUACCAGUUGCAGAAAUUGAGAUAUUACUACGCAGUUGUCAAUUGUGAUUCAGUGAAAACUGCUAAAAGCAUAUACGAUAAUUGUGAUGGAACUGAGUAUGAGUCAACAGCAAACGUAUUCGACUUAAGGUAUGUUCCAGAAGAUAUGACAUUUGAUGAAGAGAGAGUCAAAGAUAUCUGUACUGGUGUUCCAGCAAGUUAUAAACCAAAUUCAACAUUUGUUACUGAUGCUUUACAGCAUUCAAAAGUCAAGUUAACCUGGGAUGAAACACCUAAGGAGAGGUUAGACUUGGCAUCCAGAAACUUUUCUCAAAGAGAACUAGAUGAUAUGGAUUUUAAGGCAUACUUAGCGUCUGAUAGCGAUGGCAGUGAAGAUGAGAAAGAUUUAAAAGAUAAGUACAAAAGUCUCUUGGGCACCUCCUUUAACUUCAAUGGAAACGAAAAAGACGAAGACGAUGUGGAUAUGGAAAUCACGUUCAACCCUGGUCUUGAUGAAGAGAGAGCCAGAAAAGAUGAAGAAGAGUUGUUGGAGGAAACAACUGUGGAUGCAUACAGACGAAAAGAAAAGGAACGUCGGAAACGUAGAAUGGAAAAAGCUAAGAAAGCACAAGAAGAUCCAAAAGCAAGUGAAGGUGAUAAAAGAGUCCAAAAAUACGAUGAUUCAAGCAAAGAAGCGGAUGCGACUAAUAAGGCUCAACUUGAACUUCUUAUGAUGGAUGAGGAGAAUGAUAAUCAUGAGCACUUCAAUAUGAAAGAUAUCAUCAAACAAGAGAAACAAAAGAAGAGGAAGAAGAAAUCGAAAAAGAAUAUUGACACUGAAAUGCUUCAGGACAAUUUUAAACCAGACCUCAGUGAUCCUAGAUUCAAGGAAGUUUUCGAAAAUCGUGAUUAUGCCAUUGAUCCAACUAGCUCUGAAUUCAAGAAAACCCAUACUAUGAAUCAAAUUUUGAAUGAACGUUCAAAGAGGCAUGCUGAAUCGCCGCGCGAUAGAUCGUAUAAGAGGCAAAAAAAUUCCCAUAAAAAGGGCCCCUCAAGUGAUCUUAAUGUCUUAGUAAAUAAGUUCAAGCUGAAGCAUCACAAGAAAUAG